CGGCUUCGGAGAAGCGCGAUGUGGAUACCAACCGCAUUAAGCGUCUCGCCCUCGACGGUAUCACACUAAGCGGUUUUGCCUCCUACGAAGUGAGCAUGAGGCGUAGGGAAGAAUUGAAGCCCUCUUUUAACCCCAAGUACAAGGGUAUUUGCAGCCGUUCAGUAUCGGUAUCUGAGGGCCUCUUUGGAAGUGAAUUUCAAGCGACCCUUAAAGGGGUCGGAGACUCGUUUCUGGUCAGUCAGAAAAUUUCGCCUCAGAACUUCAGGGGGCGUGCCAAGCGCAACUAUCAGCGACCAGCCCCAUAUCGGCAGGACAAGCGGGAUUAUUCUCGUUUUUCGAGGGAUCGCAACAGCGGCCCAUCUGGAUUUAAGGAGUUUCGCGCCCCAGCGACAGUUUCCAAGGCUCCACAGUCCAAGUACAACGCAGAUCGGGGCAAGUUUAACAAGCCCGGUUUCCCAAAAAACUAGGUCUUGCAGAAGCUUCGGGAGGACGAGGUGGACAUUGCCCUUCUAAUCGCUCCUUUGUGGCGAGCCCAGCCAUGGUAUCCCAUGAUCCUUCAGUUACUUGUCGCCCCACCCCUUCUACUACCUCCGAACUCUCUCGUGGGACAUUCAAACCCAUUCCCAAACCUCAAGCUAACCGCCUGGAUUAUCUCAACAAAGGUUGGCGCUCAGCGGGCCUUUCGGAACACGCUUCCAGCCUCAUCGCCCUCUCUUGGCGAGAUGGAACCAACAAACAAUAUGAAUCGGCUUGGCAACAGUGGCUUCGCUGGUGUGAUUCACAAUCGCUUGAUCCCUUUGACUCGUGUAUUGUAAACGUGAUUAAUUUUCUUAGUGCUCAACAGGGUUUAGGAAAAUCCUACUCUACUAUUAAUUCUUAUCGUUCUGGCCUUUCUUCUGUACUACCACCAAUGGAAGGCUUUCCAGUUGGCAAGCAUCCCAUGGUAAUAAGAUUAUUGAAGGGGAUAUUUAAUGCAAACCCUCCUAAACCAAGGUACCAAAGCACGUGGGAAGUCUCCAGGGUUUUGGAUUAUUUGUGUUCAAUGGCAGAAAAUUAUCAACUUUCUUUGUUUCA